AUGCAGACAGUCUCUUCAUGGCUCAGUUUGCUAGUGUUGGUGUUCGCCAGUCCGGCUCAGUCGUCUGUGAUAUCCCGGAAAGGUCUGUUAUUAUGUGAGGCUAUUGGCGAACCUUGUAUCAGCUAUGACCAGUAUUCACCAAUAGGUCCUUUCUGCUGGAUGACAAUAGACAGAAGACAUAAUGAAUGCUGUGACGAGUCUGGUAUGUUUCAGUCUCCAAUCAACAUCCCUCCUCCCACUUCAUUCGAAUUCAUACCUCAAAUUCUUCGCUACAGCAGUCACAAGUUUGAGGGCAAGUGCGAAAACACAGGGAUACAACCAAGUUUAAAACGAGACGGCGAAGAAAAGGUUUAUCUAUUGGGUUUGCCCGGAGGCAGAUACUUUAUUGAAAACAUUCAUUUCCAUGUGGGUAAAAAAGGGGAAAGACGACAGACCGAACAUUUGUUAAAUGGUAGAACUGCUGAUGGUGAGGCUCACAUUGUUCAUGUCCGAGAAGAUUUUGAAUCAGUUCGGGAAGCGUCUAAACAUCCUGGUGGUCUUCUGGUCAUCUCAAUUUUCUUAUCGGAAAGAUUCAUCAUCUCCUCGUAUAGUGGAGAACCAGGUGUUAGAAAAGAUCCCGGAGAACCGAAAUUGUCACCCUUGUGACUUACUGUUUUUAUAUGUCUGUUAUUUUCUGUCAUUCAGGGGCGUAUCUAGAAAAUGUCUGAAGGCAAUGGAUUUCAGACAGCAGGAGAGGAAUUUUGAGAAAUUUAGAGGGCUUAAUUUUCACUUCAAAAAAGAUUUUUCAUGGGCGUGGGGAGAGUGCCAUUGACCAAUAUCCACCCCAAAUACACUUUCAUUUAAAUUUUAUUUAAGAGGGGAGUAAAUCAUUUUAUUUACUAACCAUAGCAGAAGGACGUAAAAUUUCAUUUUCUUUCUAUUUCCAGACAGGUAAAGGUAGAAGCAGUGAAGCGUUUGAUACAUUAAUCGAGCUGUUACCUGCAAUAGUCGAAUUCGAACAAGACAGCCCGUGUCAGAAUGACAUAGAAUCACCGACACCGACAUUCUCCGAAGAAUCAAGUGAGUCUGAGUCCAGAUCGGAAGAUUCUGAUGAGUUAAAACAAUCAGAAAGAGGAUCCAGCCCUUUCCAUACAGAUUUUAAAAGAUAUUUUAGUAAUUCCACAAGACGAUUGUUUAGAUCUCACAAAUCCAGAAGUUCUGCUGCUGAUUCAGCAGUUUCGUCGGCUGAUUCCGGAAUGUCGUCGAAUAAUUCUGGUGGAAGUUCUUCGGAAACGUCAGGAAGUUCGUUGGAUGAUUCCUGAAGUUCAUCGGAUAAUUCCGGAAGUUCAUCGGAUAAUUCCGGAAGUUCAUCGGAUAAUUCCGGAAGUUCUUUGGAUAAUUCUGGAAUUAUCGGAGACGGGAAACGGAGAUCUAUUCGAGGAGGGAAUCAACCAGCAUUCCGAGUUACAUACGCUGAAGACAUUAAAGAUGCUGCCAAGGAGAAAGUUGGAGAGCACUACAACCUCUAUCUGUCCAAUGGACUUUGUGGUGAUGCUGUACAACCUAUCAUCGAUCCAAACCACCUUCUGGCUGAUACACCUGUGUAUUAUCAACUAUAUGGUGGAUUGACUACACCGCCCUGCUCAGAAUCUGUGAUUUGGUUGGUGGCUAAAGAGCCUAGACG